AUUUUUGUCCUUCUUCACUUUACACUUACACUUCAUUUCGCAGAAAAUAAACCCUACACCGUCGUCGCCGUUCGCUACGCCCUUCACUUCCGGUGGCCAUUUCUCUAUUUCACAGUUCGUCCAUCGAACGCCGCCACGAUAUUCACCUUCGCACGAUUAGGAAGGACAAUGAGAAUCGCAAUUCUGAGGGACACUAGAAGGAAAUUGGGUGGUGCUUUAGGAUUCAAUAGGUUGAUUCAUUCCUUGCCUCAAUCUCCUCCUUUAGCUGGGAGCAUUGACCAUGGGAUUCAGUCGUUGAAGCCCGUUUUGCCUGAAUUUAGUUCUCCAACGUUCUCUUUUGGUGGCUCUAUGGAGCUCAUGGCUGUGCCAAAAAGGAAGACUUCUCCUCAUAAACGAGGAAUAAGAAAUGGGCCAAAAGCUUUGAAACCUGUUCCCGUGCUAGUUCUGUGCAAGGGUUGUGGUCGUGUCAGGCUUCCACAUUUCUACUGUUGUAGUGGGAAACCAAAUCAGGAAAAUAAUGGGGGAGAGAAUGGCACAAACUAAUCAAGUUGUUUGUGAUAAAGCACCAGAUGUUAGUUGACAGGCAGAGCCACCCAUAAUGUAGGUCUUGCUUUUGAUUGUUAGCCAUUUGAUGGUAUAGGUUGUUUGGUAGUAAUGCUUUACUUCCUUCUUCCUUAAGCAAUCCGAUUGUUGGAUUGUAUGUUUUUCGCUUUAAAAGAUAAACGGAUCAGAAGUUUUGGAGAUGGUUGGUAUUUUGCUUACAUUGAAUAGUAGCAACUUUUAAUGCGUUACCAACUAUCUAAAAGCCACAAAUUUUCCAUUUUAAAGCUUCAAGGAAGUCAUUAGUUUUUCCUGCUUACUA